AUGGCAGGCCAUGUCCGUUUAGCAGGAGCUCUGUGUGUGGUUGGGUGGGCUUCUGGCCUUGGAGAUUUGGGAACCCGACGGCCAGCUGAGCUGGAGGACGUUUUCCGAAAUGCUGCAUCGCCACUGGUUGGAGACUGGCUGUCUUCGGGCUCGUUUGCGAUGCUGGCAGAUCAGCAACUUCCGUGCUUGAAAGUUCUGGUUGUGCUGGAUUGGGUUGCACAAAAGCUGCAUGAGUCCUUCUCGCACACAAGAGAAAAUUUCAAUUUGUGGAAGGACAUCCUCGUAGCCAAAGGGUUCCAAGGUCAGACGUCUCACGAGUGGUUCAGGUCCUCUAAUUACUACAGCCUCCUGCAUCCCAUCAUGGACAUGAGCAGGAUUUGCACGCACUUCAUGGAGUUUAUCCACGCCGUUGUCAUGGUUCAUGGCGAAAG